AUGCCGUCCAAACGGAAGGCGACUGACAGUGGUCGGUCUAGUAGAGCAUCCAAGCGGGCUACUCCUGUGCCUGAUAUGCAGGACAUCGAUAGUAGCGAUGAGUACUCCGAUUACGAGGAGGAUGCGAAACAGGAUAAGAUCAAAGAAAUGGUGGAUAAGUUCUCCCUCGAGUCGUUCAGCAAACAGAAAAUCCAGAGACAAGACCCGAAUUUCGGCUACAAGGACUUUUCCUCGCUUUCGUUGAAGCCGGACCAUGCGAACCGGCCGCUAUGGAUUGACCCUCUGAAAGGCACUAUCACCCUCGAGAGUUUUUCGCCGCUUGCCCCCCAGGCGCAAGACUUCCUGACCACCAUCGCCGAGCCGCUUUCACGCCCGACGCAUUUGCAUGAAUACCGAUUGACGGGUAACAGCUUGUAUGCGGCCGUAUCGGUUGGUCUGCAGCCCCAGGAUAUCAUCAACUUCCUCGAUCGACUAUCGAAGACACCCCUCCCGGAAACUAUCAAGUCGUUCAUCAUUGAUUUCACAAAGUCGUAUGGAAAGGUCAAAGUUGUGCUGAAGCAUAAUCGGUUCUUUGUGGAGAGUACGGACCCUGCGAUGCUGCAGAUGCUCCUUCAAGAUGAGGUUAUCGGAACUCAGCGUGUACAAGGAUCGGAAGGGAUCAUUCAACAGGCGGCUCCGAAAAUGGGUGGUCUUGUUAUUCCCGGUACCAAGGAUGCUGCGGGUGUUAAACAAACAUCGGAGCAGCAGCCUGUGGAGGAUGGUGCGGCAAAGCGCCAACAGGAGGACGAUAUCCUUUUAGCCAUACGCGAUGACGAUGACGAUGAUGAAGAACAGGCUCAAGUACACAGUUUCGAGAUUCCGAACGAAGCUGUGGAACCGGUCAAAGCAAGAUGCCAAGCCAUGGGAUGCCCAGCUCUGGAGGAGUAUGAUUUCCGGAACGACGAAAUCAACCCGACCUUGGAUAUUGAUCUGAAGCCGAACGCGCGGAUUCGAAGCUAUCAGGAGAAGAGCUUGAGUAAAAUGUUUGGUAAUGGCCGUGCCAAGAGUGGUAUUAUUGUCUUGCCUUGCGGUGCGGGCAAAACCCUGGUUGGCAUCACUGCAGCCUGCACGAUUAAGAAGGGAACCAUCAUUCUUUGCACCAGCUCGAUGUCUGUCGUCCAGUGGAGGAAUGAAUUCCUCCGAUGGUCGAACAUUGAUCCGGGUGAUAUCGCCGUUUUCACAUCGGACAAUAAGGAGAAGUUCCGUCGGUCCACCGGUAUUAUUGUCUCGACGUACUCGAUGGUUUCCCAAACGAGAGCCCGAUCGCACGACGCGCAGAAGAUGAUGGAUUGGAUGCAAUCCCGGGAAUGGGGUCUUAUGAUUCUGGACGAAGUGCACGUCGUGCCCGCGUCCAUGUUCCGUAAGGUUACUUCAGCCAUUGCGACCCAGAGCAAGCUUGGUCUGACAGCAACCCUCUUGCGUGAGGACGACAAGAUCAAAGAUCUGAACUUUCUUAUUGGCCCGAAGUUGUAUGAAGCCAACUGGAUGGAACUGGCGGAGCAAGGCCACAUCGCCAAGGUUCAGUGCGCCGAAGUGUGGUGCCCAAUGACGACCGAGUUCUACUCGGAAUACAUGAGAGAGAAGUCGAGAAAGGCCGCGCUGCUCUAUAUUAUGAAUCCGCGCAAGUUCCAGGCCUGUCAGUUCCUCAUCGACUACCAUGAAAAGCGUGGGGACAAGGUCAUUGUGUUUUCCGACAAUGUGUACGCGCUUGAACGGUACGCCCUCAAGUUGAACAAGGCGUACAUUUAUGGAGGAACCCCCCAGAAUGAACGGAUGCGGAUUCUCGAAAACUUCCAACACAACGAGCAAGUUAAUACCAUCUUCCUGUCCAAGAUUGGAGAUACCUCCCUCGAUCUACCUGAGGCGACAUGUCUGAUCCAGAUCUCCUCCCACUAUGGUUCUCGUCGUCAGGAAGCUCAGCGUCUCGGUCGCAUUCUUCGGGCCAAGCGUCGUAACGACGAAGGCUUUAAUGCUUUCUUCUACUCUCUCGUGUCGAAGGAUACAGACGAAAUGUUUUACUCCUCCAAACGCCAGGCAUUCUUGGUUGACCAAGGCUAUGCAUUCAAGGUUAUUACCCACCUUCAGGGCAUUGAGAAUUUGGAGGGGCUUGCGUAUGCAACCCCCUCGGAACGGCGCGAGCUCCUCCAAGAGGUCAUGCUACAGAACGAGACAUCCGCCGAAGUGGAGAAUGUCACCGAUGACCUCUUCUCUGAGCGAUCAGGCGGCCGAGCUCGAGCCAAGGGCGGUGUGAAACGCAGUGCUGCUACGCUCAGCGGCUUAGCGGGCGGGGAAGACAUGGCCUAUAUCGAGUACAACCGGAGCCGGAACAAGCAGCUCAAGGACAAGAGUGGCCACCACCCUCUGUUCCGUAAGAUCGAGCGGGAGCGCCAGAAGAGGAAGAAGGAAUUGGAGGAUUUGGGUAUCCGGUGAUCUGCAUCUGCAUCAUACCACCUAUUUUGCAUAUCUAUGAAUCCGUUAAUAUUUCGAAUAGCGGUGAAAUCGGUCCAGUGGAGAGAGUUUUGUUUUUUACAUCUAAGUGCGAUUUGCACAGGUAUCCUUAUAUACCAGAGACUGUAUUCUAUUAUAAUAAAAAAAAAAUACCC